UCGGUGCCCCUUCGCGAUGCAACCAGCUUUAUUGCAGUACAACGUCCUCGCCGGGAAGACGUGCUGGUCUGAAAGAACACUAGCGGGUCGGGGAGAGCACAUUCUCCCAACGAGACGACGACGAGCCCGCAUUUCGAUUGACUCGAUCGGCCCACGAAACCUCACUCGCAAAUCUACUCAAAGCGAACCUGCCGAACCGUCACCGUGCCGGCAAACACAGUGCUGCCUCCCACAAUGAACUCCGUCGCCUCUGUCGCUUUGCAGACCCUUCAACAGCUUGCCCCUCGAGACGAUGUACGCCACACCAACAUCAAUAAUGUGACCCAGUCUAAUAUGCCCCUCUUUCUCAACGGCCAGACCGUCGUUCCUCUGCCUAGGGUCCACGACCUGAUGCUGCGUAGCGCCGCUUUGUCCCUUGGAUGUGUGAAUCUCGUGGUAUGGUGUUUGUGUUUCAAAAACAAGAGGACUGCCGUGAGUUGGGGUAUAGCUUGUUUCGUGGUCACUCAAUUUAUCGGGGUACUGCUGAACGUCUUGCCGAAGACCGGCCUUUGUGAACCAAGCGCUAUUGUCACGGUGGUUUUCGGCGUGGGAUGUCUUUUGACCUCUGCGGAAACCUUCAACUGGGUGCUCUAUCUGCGAUUUUCCAUCGUUAGCCCGUUCAAUCGGCGGCUCCGCGUAGGAACUUUAGCGUGGCUGACCUUGGAGUCCGCCGCUGUCAUCGCCAAUUAUGCGUUUUGGAUUAGCGAGGCGAAAACUGCGAAUGGGGAUACGACUAGGGCCGCGGAUGUCUACUAUGGGUUGAGCAUUGUGCAAGCUUGUACCGCACUCUAUUUGUCCGCAUAUUUCGUUUGGACUUAUUAUCUACCGCGACUGAGACUGACCAGGCGUAGCUCAAGCGCCGUCAAGGUUUUUGUGAGAACUGGAAUCAUGUACCUCUGCCUCGAAACGACACUGCACUGCUCCUACACAGUGACCUCUCGCGUGGUCCCUACCAUCCGCACCGGUCUCACAGCGUUGCUGACCAGCGUCCGCCACGGCAUUUUCCUUCUAUUUGUCCUGACACUUCGAAAGGAAAUCAGCCGGAAGCCGUCUGCCAAUGCCUCACCGUACCGCGCGAAAAAGACGGGGAGCUCUUUCGCCAGCAACAAGAAAUCUUCGGACUCACACUCGGAGAUUUUAUCCGACAGCGGGCCCAAGCCCUAUUCUGCUUCUACGAUGUCGGUUAGUCAGUCAUUCUUCCUCGCCUCCAAAUUUGGCCUGCACCCGGUGCCCGUCAACGGUGGAGGUGGUUUGCUUGCGCCGGGAAGGAUGGAACACGCGCACCCAGCGGGCACCUUCGACGAAUGGACGAUUCAGAGCGAGGCAGAUGACGAUGACGAUAGUGAUGUGGAAACUGGGGACCCGGCGACUGAUCUGGAAAGCCGCCGACUGCCUCGACGUCCGCUAACUGCGCUUACUCCUAGUCCUCUUCGAAGGCACAUGGGAUAAGGCGAUAUCUUAUUCGCAUGAACUGUAAAAGCAUUUGUGUGCCUUUUUUUCCUGCUGAGGGCGGUAGGAUGUCGCGGUCGGGAAUUGCCAGCCUAUUUCGACGGAAAUUGAGCGGUGUUUAUCGCAGAAUAGCUUCGUGACUAGCACAUUUUGAUGUAUAUACAACGGCACGUGUGGACUCGCCCAAAUAGACAUGAGUAGAUACUUUCUACAGGUUUCAGUGUUGCUGGGCAUUCAGGCUCAU